CAACCCAAAACCAAUCUCCCGGCGAGCCACGCCAGGGAGGGCUUCAGCUUCACAAGCGUCACUGUCCACUGUCCACAUCGACGGCGGCGCUACCAAACGGCAACUUCCAACGCCAAGCCAUUAGUAGCCACCCGCAACUAACCAUAUGCUCCCUCGCGUCCGUCCCCUCCUUCGAUUCUCUCUCCCCUUACCUCCUCCGAUGGCGCCCCCCAUUUCUUCUCGCGCCGCCGCCGCCACUCUCCCGAUUGUUUCCCUCGCCGCCGCUCCUCACUCCCCUUCUGCUUUCAAGUCCAACAUUCCGUCCACCGCCUUUGCCCCGCCAGCCUUCUUCACGACCAGAUGCUUCCACGCCGGAGUCGUCAAGAAGAUUGUACCCGGGGUUUGCGCGGCCGCCGCCGGCGGACAGAGAGAGUACCGUAAAGUGAGAAGACGCGCCACCGCCAAGAGCAAGCAGAAGGAGCUGGAGCUGAGCGUUAGCAUUUGCAUUGAGGAGGACCUCCCUGAUAACGAUUCUGAAAUCCUGAGUAUAGCAGAGUUGCUCCGCCUAAACGUGCCCAUGGCAUUGAAGUUGGCACUGGAUGGCCUGAAAGAUUCUCGCUGCAAAACUCGAGAUACUACUAUCUCGGAUGUUGGUGGCUACGAGAGCAUCGAGUUGUCUGUCAUGCUUUGCAAUGACAGCUUCAUCCGUAAGCUCAACAAAGAAUGGAGGGGUGAAGACAGUGCUACUGAUGUUCUCUCCAUGUCGCAGCAUGUUCCUCGGCUUAAUCUCCCUAUUCUGAUGCUGGGUGACAUUGUAAUUUCUGUGGAGACAGCUGCACGGCAAGCUGAAGAAAGAGGUCAUACACUUCUUGAUGAAAUCCUUAUCCUCAUGGUCCAUGGGUUGUUGCAUCUGUUAGGAUUUGAUCACGAGAUCAGUGACGAGGCUGAAACUGAAAUGGAGAAAGAGGAGGAAAUUCUUUUGAAGAGUCUUGGGUGGACGGGUAAAGGACUAAUUCAAAGUGCAUAUGAUUCAUGCGAGAAAGCUAAUUCUGAUUCAGCAAUUUUGGGUGACAGGAAGAAAGAAGGCAGUCUUCGCUUCUAUAAACCAAAAUUCAAGUACAUCUUCUGUGACAUGGAUGGGACAUUGCUUAACAGCAAAAGUCAACUUUCAACCACAAAUGCAAAUGCAUUGAAAGAAGCUAUGUCAAGAGGAGUGAAGGUAGUCAUAGCAACUGGAAAGGCUCGCCCUGCUGUGAUAAAUAUCUUGAAGACUGCUGGCUUAGCUGAUAAAGAUGGUAUUGUUUUAGAGGCCUCCCCUGGUGUUUUCCUGCAGGGGUUGCUCGUGUACGGUAGGCAGGGACGAGAGAUUUUCAGAAGGAAUUUAGAUCCAGGUGUCUGCAGAGAGGUGUGCAGGUAUUCUUUGGAGCAGAAGGUUCCUCUAAUUGCAUUCAGCAAUGAUCGUUGCUUAACGCUGUUUGAUCACCCCCUUGUUGAAUCGCUGCAUACAGUUUACCGAGCACCGCAGGCAGAAGUCAUGCCUUCAGUUGAGGAUCUCAUAGCUGCAGCUGACAUACAAAAAAUGUUGUUCAUAGACACUGCUGAUAGAGUAGCAACUGAACUGAGGCCGUAUUGGUCAGAAGCAGCAGGAGAGCUUGCCAAUGUAGUUCAAGCUGUCCCACAUAUGCUUGAGAUUGUGCCUGUGGGAACAUCGAAAGGUAGCGGGAUCCAAAUUCUACUUGAUCAUCUGGGUGUGAAAGCUGAGGAGAUAAUGGCCAUUGGCGACGGGGAGAACGAUAUCGAGAUGCUGCAAUUGGCUGCCCUUGGCAUUGCUCUCAGCAAUGGUGUCGAGAAGACGAAAGCUGUGGCCGACGUAAUUGGUGUUAGUAACGACGAAGAUGGGGUAGCUGAUGCCAUCUAUCGGUAUGCAUUUUGAACCAUACCAGCAUAGCCAUUGAUCGUUCGAAAGCUCACAGCAAGCAUCUGCACAACAAAGAGGAGGCACUGUAUUACUACUACUACAUCCACGGGAAGUGGGGAAAGAUGCAAAUUAGCAGGACGUUCAUGGGACAAUAAUCUGUAACGCUGAAUUUAAGGCUACAGAUUAUAGUCCCGUUAGAUGAUGGAGAGCGCUUGUAUUAGCUGAAUAUGUUGCGAUUUUUUUUGUUGUUCUUUUUUUCCUUCCAAUUCUUUUCACAGGGCCUUUGGUUACUUCAGUGCAAGGAAUCGGAUGGAUUCAGUGAAGUGUUUUGUGAUCUGUUUAAAAGUAGUUACUUUCCAGAAAAGGUGCAACAAUAAUAAUAACCGUGUGCAAAGGAAAGGAAAGGAAAGUGGACUGGGAACCAACAUUGCAAGCCAAGUCGCAAGUGGCGUGAUGGUAAAGAGUAAAGAAGAGAAUAAGUGGGAUCCUUGAAUCGGUGUGCGACGCCGCGGUUUUGCAACAGUUGUGGUUUUUUAGGGUUAACGCUGGGGAUUUGUUUGCAAAUUGCAACUGAGGAAAU